UUUUGGCAGUUUGACGGCGUACGCCAUCUAAAUAUCAUCUCAAGAUUUCUUUUCGUUCUUCAUUUUGAACUUUCAAGUAUUUAUAGUGAUUGAAUAGAGUUUUAACUUAAAUAUGGCUCCUAAACAAAAGCCACCUAAGAAGAAGGAAACUUUAGACGACUUAAAGCAGGAAUUAGAAGUAGAUUUUCAUAAAAUCUCUUAUGACCAAUUAUAUAAAAGAUUUCAAACAAAUCCGGAUACUGGCUUAUCACACGCUAAAGCAAAGGAAUUUCUCCUUAGAGAUGGGCCAAACGCAUUGACACCACCCAAACAAACUCCAGAAUGGAUUAAGUUCUGUAAGCAACUUUUCGGUGGCUUUGCUAUGCUUCUAUGGACAGGUGCAGUUUUAUGUUUUGUUGCUUAUACAAUUCAAGCAAGUACUGGAGAAGAUCCAGUUGAAGACAAUUUAUAUUUGGGAGUCGUACUUUCUGGUGUCGUUAUUGUCACUGGAAUAUUUUCAUACUAUCAGGAAUCAAAAAGUUCGAAAAUUAUGGAAUCAUUCAAGAAUAUGGUGCCACAGUUUGCCCUUGCCGUUCGAGAAGGAGAAAAACUUACAAUAAGAGCUGAAGAACUUGUGCUUGGUGACAUCGUUGAAGUCAAGUUUGGAGAUCGUAUUCCAGCAGAUUUAAGAAUUAUUCAAGCAAGAAGUUUUAAGGUCGAUAAUUCAUCACUAACCGGCGAGUCAGAACCACAAUCACGUGGACCUGAACUUACUAAUGAUAAUCCACUCGAAACGAAAAAUUUAGCCUUCUUCUCGACAAACGCUGUUGAAGGUACUGCUAGGGGAGUUGUUGUAUCAUGUGGUGAUCGCACAGUAAUGGGUCGUAUCGCUGGAUUGGCUUCGGGAUUGGACUCUGGCGACACUCCAAUUGCCAAGGAAAUUCAACAUUUCAUUCACAUCAUUACUGGCGUUGCUGUUUUCUUGGGUGUCACUUUCUUCUUUAUUGCAAUGUUCCUCGGUUAUGACUGGUUGGAUGCUGUCAUAUUUUUGAUUGGAAUUAUUGUCGCCAACGUACCUGAAGGCUUAUUAGCAACAGUAACAGUCUGUUUGACUUUGACAGCUAAACGAAUGGCUUCAAAGAAUUGUUUAGUUAAGAAUUUGGAAGCUGUUGAAACUCUCGGUUCAACCUCAACAAUCUGUUCAGAUAAAACUGGAACUUUAACACAAAAUCGUAUGACAGUAGCUCACAUGUGGUAUGAUAAUAAAAUCAUCGCAACUGAUACAUCUGAAGAACAAUCAUCCUUCGAAUGUGAUCAUUCAAAUCCAAGCUUUGCAGCUUUAUCUCGAGUUGCUAUGUUGUGUAGCCGUGCUGAAUUCAAAGGUGCACAAGGUAGAACACCAGUAAUGAAAAGAGACGUUAUAGGUGAUGCUUCUGAAGCUGCCCUUUUGAAAUGUAUGGAAUUAGCUUUUAAUGACGUCAUGGCAUUCCGUAAACGUAAUAAAAAAGUCUGCGAAAUUCCUUUCAAUUCUACUAAUAAAUUCCAAGUUUCAAUUCAUGAAACUGAUGAUGGCAGUGAUCCUCGAUACUUGUUGGUAAUGAAAGGUGCACCUGAAAGAAUUCUUGACUUGUGUUCGACCAUUUUCGUGAAUGGAAAAGAGAAGCCAAUGGAUCAAAGAAUGAAAGAUGCUUUCAAUGAAGCUUACAUGAAACUCGGCGGACUUGGUGAACGUGUAUUGGGAUUCUGCGAUUUUAUGCUCCCAUCUGACAAAUAUCCACAAGGCUUUGCUUUCGACCCUGACGAAGUCAACUUCCCAUUGGAAAACUUCCGAUUUGUUGGUUUAAUUUCUAUGAUUGACCCUCCUCGUGCUGCUGUUCCGGAUGCUGUUGCCAAGUGUCGUUCUGCUGGUAUUAAAGUCAUCAUGGUUACUGGUGAUCAUCCAAUCACAGCCAAGGCUAUCGCGAAAUCAGUUGGAAUCAUUUCUGAAGGAAAUGAAACUGUUGAGGAUGUUUCAGAACGAUUGAACAUUCCAGUUUCUGAUGUUAACCGACGCGAAGCUAAAGCAUGUGUCGUGCAUGGCAACGAAUUACGUAAUUUAUCUUCAGAUGAACUUGAUGAAAUUUUGCGUCAUCAUACAGAAAUUGUUUUUGCUAGAACUUCACCACAACAGAAACUGAUUAUUGUGGAAGGUUGUCAAAGAAUGGGUGCAAUUGUUGCUGUGACUGGAGAUGGUGUCAAUGAUUCUCCUGCUUUGAAGAAGGCUGAUAUUGGUGUCGCUAUGGGUAUUGCUGGUUCAGAUGUUUCUAAACAAGCAGCUGACAUGAUUCUGUUGGACGACAACUUUUCUUCAAUCGUCACCGGUGUCGAAGAAGGCCGUCUAAUUUUUGAUAAUUUAAAGAAAUCCAUCGCCUACACAUUGACUUCAAAUAUUCCUGAAAUUUCACCUUUCUUAGCCUUCAUUAUUUGUGACAUUCCAUUGCCCUUAGGCACUGUAACGAUCUUGUGCAUUGAUCUUGGAACUGACAUGGUCCCAGCCAUUUCAUUAGCUUAUGAAGAAGCAGAAUCCGACAUUAUGAAGAGACCGCCAAGAAAUCCUUUUACCGAUAAAUUAGUUAAUGAAAGAUUGAUUUCAAUGGCUUAUGGACAAAUUGGAAUGAUUCAAGCCGCUUCUGGAUUCUUCGUCUACUUUUUCAUAAUGGGAGAAAAUGGUUUUCUUCCACCGAUUUUGUUUGGCAUUCGUGAACGUUGGGAUUCCAAAGCUAUUAAUAAUUUGGAAGAUUCUUAUGGACAAGAAUGGACUUACAAAGAUCGUAAAACUUUAGAGUACACAUGCCACACUGCUUUCUUCAUUUCAAUUGUUAUUGUGCAAUGGGCUGAUCUCAUCAUUUGCAAAACCCGAAAGAACUCCCUUGUCCAUCAAGGUAUGACAAAUUGGGCUUUGAACUUUGGACUUGUUUUUGAGACAUGUUUGGCUGCUUUCUUGUCAUAUUGCCCUGGAAUGGACAAAGGUCUUCGCAUGUUUCCACUUAAGUUCGUUUGGUGGCUUCCAGCUUUACCCUUCAGCUUGGCAAUCUUCUUAUAUGAUGAAUCUCGUCGUUAUAUGUUAAGACGCAGUCCUGGAGGCUGGUGGGAAAAAGAAACUUAUUAUUAGCAAGCAUGUUGCAAGACAUUUGUGGAUUUGUUUCUAAUUCUUUAAUAUAGGCAAUAAAAUGUCAGAAUUAUCUGGCAAUAGUUUAGUGAAAAUUAAUGUUUUGGCAUUUAUUAAUUAAUUGUUAUUGAUUUUUGUAGCUAAAUUCUUUAACGAUAAAGUUAAUGAGCUGAUAAAAUCUCUUUAGU